GCACAUAUAACGUUCGCCUUCGAGGACCAACUCUAAAUCUUUUACCAGAUGUAACGACUCGGAGUACCAGUGUGUUUCUAUUGAUACUCGGAACUUCUGGUCUGCAGCUCAGGUACACGAAUUAUCCCACUAAGUCUCGUGUUGACAAGGGCCUCGUGGGACAAAUACCCGGUCUAAAAGUUGAGUGCCACUCCCGCCUAUGGUUCAAUUAUCCCGUCAAAUGGCCGCUGCUUUGGCCACUGGGGCGUGGUAUAAACACAUAACCGACACGUCCACCGUCUCUACGCGCGCCUUGUAUUCUUUUCUAUUGCUAUCAACAUGUCUUCGUUCCGCUCAGUGAACUUCCCAAACGUCAAUUUCGAUGUCAUUGGCGAAAUUGCCGUCGAGGCUUACACGAGCAUGCAUAAAGACCUCACUGAUGACGCGGACUGUCAGUUCAGCGUGACGUCGAUGAAAGAUAUUGUCUGGGGUGGCGACAUGAUGGUUGAAAUCGUCUUACAAUCUACUUUGACUCCCAGUCAUCAUCAAACCUUACUAGCGCAUUUCCCCCAUGGACGGCCAAACGCCACCAGUCGUGCAGCGGUUGGGAUGGCCAUGUUAGCGCAAAGGGCUGGUGUCCAUGUACCCAGAUUAUGCGCCUUGGCUGAAGAAUUUCACAAAAAGAUCGGCGCUGAGUACAUCCUUUACGUCAAGGAAGACGGAACGUCGCUAGAUGUUGCCUGGCCUGAGCUGAGUGACGAACAACGCAAGGCGGUCAUGAAAAGGCUUGCAGAGGAUCUGCUCAAAUUAUUCAACCACAGGCUUGCUUCGAUCACUACUACGGUGGUACCUCCCAAUUACUCAGAAGACCCUGACGAACCCGAACCUGCCUAUCUUUUGUCUCGCCCAUUUGACGCUGUGCCACUUCUGGAUAGGUGGCCGCAGCCCGCUCUUAAGACCACCCAGGAUUAUCUUGAGGCUCUCGCAGACCGUAUCCUGUGGCUUUUUAGCGAAGGCAAGGUCAACAACCCUUGGUCGUUAGGUUGGCCUGGAAAAGUUUCUUUAUCCUACGAAGAGAAGACUGCAAUCCGUGAAACAUGGAUGCGCUUACGACAGCUCAUUCCAUACUAUACAGGUGGAAAAUUCAUACCUAGGCGCUUCAAAGGCGGUGCCUAUGAACUAGCUGUGUCACUCCUUUCCGAUCAACGUGGCUUUGGCAUCGUCCACACAGACUUGAAAAUGGGCCGCAUUCUUGUUAACUUCAAAGAUGGUGUUCUACAACCACUUGUGAUCACUGGAUGGGAGCACGCUCAUACUGCACCUCUGUGGUCUUGCGCUAGAAUGCCCCGGUGGUUGCUGCCAGACAACUGGAGAUUGGAGCCGACCCCAAUACUGGAAGAAGACAGAGUCAAAAUGUUUCACGCGUUCUAUAAUUCGAUUCGGGAUAUUAAGGGACCCAAGCCGGGGGCCCAUUGGGUUAUUGCUUUCGCAUUGGGCCAACAGGAACGUUUCUUUGAGGGCUUGAUAGGAAGCCACUGGAUGUUCAGAGACACUGUUGACGUCGGUAUCAAGAUGCUCAAGGAGUCCUGGGAGUUGGCAAUUCCUGAUGAGGAGUUCCCGAUCCCUGUGGAUGAAGAGUGGCGUGCAGAUCCCCAACCAUCUGGCCACAGAAAAUUCCUGCAAGCACCAGAAGAGAAACAUCAAGAAGUCAUGGAUACGGAUAUUGGAGCCACAGAAUUUGAAGUUGUGGUAACAAGUUCCGAGCAGCCAGCUACAGCUUCCGUCAUAGAGGAGCUCAAUGCGUUCUUGGAGCCUUUACUCGAAUCCGCCCCUCUCCUUGAACCAACAGCGACGUUCGACAUAGAAAUUCCCAGUACCGACAGACUUGCUACCGGGCUUGGUGGUGGUGCACUGUCGAAGGCUAAGAGGUACGUUCGUCGGACUAUCUUUCAGUUCAUUGCUCCUGGAAGGAAAGAGGGCUAGGUGUUUUGUUUGGGAGCGGGUGAGAAUCUGAUGAUUUGAAGUUAUAUUCAUCCAGCAGUUGGACAACAUGUAUUCAAUAUCCAUAUAGUAUCAGAUCGAGCGAAGUAAUUGUCACAGACCAGCGAUAUGACUACAGUGUUAGCAAAAGACCAGUAUACAGACGUCCUUC